AUCACAGGCGCCGGCUCCGUGUGCUCCAAGAUGGCUGCUUCCAGAGCUCAGUUUCAGACAUCAUCGCAUAUUGAAAGCUGAAUAUCACCUGAACAUCUUCUGUCUACCUGCGGGUUAAACUCAUGAAGAGAAGGAGCUAGACGGAGCCGAGCCGGGCUGAGCUGUUCCUCUAUGGUCUGGUCGUGUGAGGAGCCGGUCUGGGUCUGAAGGAGGUUGUUGUGUUGAUCCGAGGAUGGCCACCGAGAACAGGAUCAAUUUCUGGAGGAGAAGCGCAAAGGUUCCCGGAAGGUAUCCCAAAGACACAAAGCCCAAGUUCAACAAUCUCAAGUCCAAAAAGGCCUCUAGCUUCCAUGAAUUCGCCUGCAGCACCAAUGAUGCUUGGGACAUCAACGAAGAGGAGGACGAGGAUUUCCUCGGGACCCCCGCCCCAGCUUCAUCCCUACCAUCAGGCCUCCACCCUAUGUCCACACAGAACCAGCAGCAGCAGCAGCAGCAGAAUCAGGCUGUGGAUACAGAAACCGAGGUGUCAGACAGACUGGCACCUCCCAGGACAGAAGUUCAAGAUCUCCAGGAUGUGCAAGAGGAGGACGCAGAGGACGCAGAGUGCGAGCAUGUCAACGGCAAGGUUGUCAAGUCUAGUAGCGACGUCCACCUCAGCCCGUCCUCAGUUCGCUCCACGCUACAGAAACAGCAGUCUCUCCCAGUUCGUCCCAUCAUCCCGCUGGUGGCUCGCAUGUCGGACCAGAACGCGUCGGGGGCACCACCCAUGACGGUGCGGGAGAAGACCCGGCUGGACAAAUUCAAGCAGCUGCUGGCUAGUCCCAACACUGACCUAGAGGAACUCCGAAAGCACAGCUGGUCGGGCAUACCAAGAGAAGUCCGGCCAAUCACAUGGAGGCUUCUCUCUGGCUACCUGCCGGCCAACAAGGAGCGCAGAGAACUGGUGCUAACAAGAAAGCGAGAGGAAUACUUUGGCUUCAUAGAGCAGUAUUACCACUCCAGAACAGACGAGCACUAUAAAGACACAUACAGACAGAUUCACAUCGAUAUUCCAAGGACCAACCCUCUGAUUCCCUUGUUCCAGCAGCCCGUAGUACAGGAGGUGUUUGAGCGUAUUCUCUUUAUCUGGGCCAUCCGUCACCCAGCCAGCGGUUACGUCCAGGGAAUCAACGAUCUGGUCACACCCUUCUUUGUCGUCUUCCUCUCUGAGUUUGUCAAGGAUGUCGAGAACUUUGAGGUGUCAGUGCUGCCUCUGGACACCCAGAGAAACAUCGAAGCUGACAGCUUCUGGUGCAUGAGCAAGCUGCUGGAUGGAAUACAGGACAACUACACCUUUGCUCAGCCUGGAAUCCAGAACAAAGUGAAAGCUUUAGAGGAGCUGGUCAGCAGGAUAGAUGAGGACAUUCACAAUCACUUCAAGAGGUAUGAGGUCGAGUACCUGCAGUUUGCUUUCCGAUGGAUGAACAAUCUGCUGAUGAGGGAGCUGCCGCUUCGCUGCACUAUUCGUCUCUGGGACACCUACCAGGCUGAAGCGGAGGGUUUCUCCCACUUCCACCUGUACGUCUGUUCUGCUUUCCUCAUUGAGUGGCGCAAAGAAAUCCUCUCCAUGGUUGACUUUCAGGGCCUUCUUAUGCUACUGCAGAACCUUCCUACAAUCCACUGGGGUAACGAGGAAGUGGGUCUCCUCCUGGCUGAGGCUUAUAGACUAAAGUACAUGUUCGCAGACGCGCCCAGCCACUACAAAAGAUAGGUCUGAGGCCGCCUCACAGCAAGCACAGCCCACUCUAAAAUCAAACCAGACUGUUGACUGGACGGACUCACAGUAUCUGAGAUAGUCCAGACAAGUGUCCAAGUGUUGUCUUUGAGGUAACCUGGAAGAGACUGAUGAAGACACAACACGUAUCCUGUGAAAAUGAAGUCCAGUGAAUGUCGCAUUGGAUCUGGGUCUAUGGUGUAACCAUAGAGCUCAGUGAAUAUAAGACUAUUUGCAGUCAAUGUACUGCACUGUAUCAACGGACUGUUACAGUAUGAAUAACCAUAGCUAUGCCUCAUUGGUUUACUUACACAGUUUUUGGUCAUGCAACAUUAAUUGUCUCUCAAGUGAAAUGUACACUCAGAGGAACACGCUGUAAUAUAAAGGGAUGAUAUUAUUAGUGAAAGAUGGCAUCUACAGAUUCUAUUUUUUUGAAGAUAUGUUUUGGAGUUUGUUUUAAAAAUCUUGGAUUUAGGCAACUACAAUACUUUAUUUUCUCUUUUAAAACUUUUAGUCUGACACUGUUAAGCUGUUAUAAAUAAGAUGGACCCCCCCCCUUUUUUUUCAGAUAAGAGAGCUAAUUUAUGAGUAGACUUAUGCUUUGGUUCAGGGAUACCAAAUUUGCACUGUACAAUCAACUUAUAAAAGUCCUUAUUUCGGAUUUAAGUGAGUCAGUUUAAUUGGUUGCCAGUAUAGAUUUUGGAUUAUAUUAGGUAUUAGACCUAAGAGUAGCAAAUAUUGGGUACUGCGUUUUAUUCCAGGUUGUGUUUUGGGUUAAAAGUGGAGGAACUGAUUUGGUAUUAGUUUGCCUUGGUCAUUAUAAUGAUAAUAAUAAUGAAUCACUAUGAGGCUUUUGGGUAUAAUAUGAUAUAUAUCAACAGUGGUAACAUUAGAAUUGUACUGCCUGUGAAUAGACCAGGAACAAUGGAGACCUUCUGGUUAAUGUAGCUUUGAAAUUCCUUGUUCAUAAAUCAGCUCAAUUAUUUAAUUUUGGAACUGACUAAGAUAAAUCUCAAUUUUAAUAUUUUCGACAGUUAAAAUUUGUAUAUACAGAUUGUGGCACAUAGUAACACACUGAUAACUGGCACAAAAUUAGAUCAGUAACAACAAGUUUUUGUCUGAAACUUUUCAGACUUUACGCAUAAAGAUGGGGGUAAAUGAUUGAUCGUAUGAUAAUCUAUGAAGUAUCUCAUUAGAUACCUGUGGUUACUGUAAUAAAAAAGUGCAUAUGCAUACAAGUAGUUAACCUUGUUUGAUUUCCUCAGUUUAGGAUAAUAAUAAUAAUUGUUUAUGGGGUUUGAAGAUAUUUUUAAAAUGGAAGAAAUGCCUUCUCAAUGCUUGUUCAGUACUGAAGGAUAUCCUACUUGAGACAGUCCUGUGGACACAGUGCAGCUCACAAUAUAUGACGAUGCCUUUGUUAUGAGCAUUUGUAAUGUUCUCUUGUCUUUUAAAGUGUACAGUAAUACGGAUUAAUGCUUGUAUUUUAUAUUUGUCUGAGGUUCAGGUUAGGUUGCUCUUGUAUCUGUGACCAUUUGGGGGGAUUAUGUGUGUUACCACUCAUCUACCUUCAUUACCAGUGAUAAUUAUAACACAAUGUAUGUUUGAAAGAUAUGACAAUCAUUAGCCUUUGAUACUUUGAUUUCCCCUACCAUCAGAUGUGUUUUUAAGGAUUUUGCUUUGGUCAUUUUGGAGCAUUCUGAAGCAAAAAGCAGGAUUUACUGUGCAUUACAUUCCUGGCUGGUGACUGUAGACUACAACAAAUUGAACGGAGAAACAUAUUUCAUGGUUUGCAAGAGUCGUUAUUCAUAUUCAGGAAUUAUUCGGUCCUUAAGCUUGAGGUCUAAGUUACUUUAAGGCAUUACACUCAAUGAAGUUCUUCUGCAGAUACGACAGUACUAAAAUUCAGAGUCAGUGAAAUAGAAAAAAGAAAUAGAUCAUUUUUAUUUUUGGAGAAAUCUAACACUGUCAUAUACUUAUUUAUGGUUUAUUCCUUGCCAGCUUUUGCUUUAUUGUGUUCAUCAACUUUUGUUUUACCCAUCUGAAACAUGUUGAAUGUUUUUGUGAGUGUUGUUGAAUGUAUGCCUUUAGCCUUAAAGUCGUUUUUUUUUUUCCUCAUUCAGGUACGCCAACUGAUUGUUCACUCCAUGCUGUUUUUAUCUAAAGGGUCAUUAUGUCCUCAGAAUAUGAUGUUGAUAACUAAAGGCUGACAAAAUAAAAAAAA